UAUUCAUGAAUCAGCUGGUUUUUGUUAUCAAAUACAACUUUUUGAAUUUUACAAAUUUUUCUUGUUAAUAAAUAUUUUUAUGGAGUUUUAAAUUUUUAAACAAGAUGUCCUUAGAAAAAUCAACAAAGGAGAUACCUCCAUGCGUAGUAAGACAUAGUUAUUCUACUUUUGAGCAUAGGGAUUCUCAAGCAACGGCUAUGUCUGUUGAUUGGACUGGUCAAUGGGUUUUAUUGGCUGGUAGAAGACAUUUAGCGUUACAGAGACUUCAAAAUAAUAAUGAUGAUGAUUGUUGUCUUCAAAAAUACCACAGAAACUCAAAAUAUGAUGUUUCAGCAUGUGAAUGGGCAAUAUGCGAAAAUAGUAAAGAAUAUUGCGCAAUUGCUACAAGUCAGUUAAUUGAAGUGGUAACAUGGAGUUCCGGCGAUCCGACAUUAAUACAUUCAUUGCGAGCACAUACAAGAAUGGUUACUGACAUAGAUUGGCAUUCAAGGGAACCUCAUUUGUUAGCUAGUUGUUCUAUAGAUACAUUCACACAUUUAUGGGACUUACGUGAUCCAAGAAAACCAACGUUGUCAUUAAGUGCUGUUUGUAUGUCAGGUGCAACUCAAGUAGGUUUUAAUAGAGUGUCAGGAAAUUUAUUAGCAACAGCACAUGACGGUGAUCUUAGAAUUUGGGAUAUUAGAAAAGGGUCUUGUCCUAUACAAUACAUAACUGCACAUUUAUCGAGAAUUCAUGGCAUAAACUGGAGCUAUAAGCAAGAAACAUGUUUUACAACUGCAAGUCAAGAUGGAACUGUAAAAUAUUUUGACGUUAAUAAUCCAAAACGCGCAGAAAAAAUUAUAACAACAGCAUCACCAGUUUGGAGAGCACGUUUUACACCCAUUGGCAAUGGAUUAUUAACAGUUGUUGUGCCACAUUUGGGUCGUGGGGAGAAUAGUUUAUGUCUGUGGAGUAAUUAUAGACAAAGCGAUCCAAUUUGUACUUUUGUUGGUCACACUGAUGUUAUAUUAGACUUUGCCUGGCGCUCUAAUAGAAACGAAGAUUCUAAUGAUUUGGAAAUUAUAACUUGGUCUAGAGAUCAAACGCUAAGGUUGUGGAAAAUUGAAGAUCAGUUAUUAGAUCUUUGUGAGCCACCAUCUCAACAAAUUUAUUGUGAUGUGGAUGAAGAAAAAGAUACUUCUAGUACUAAAGGAAGUAUUAGUAAAGGAAUUGAUAUUACAAAUAAUAUUGAAUAUUCCAAACACUUGUCUGAAAGUUAUGAUUGGCAGCCAACUUCUCCACAAUCACCUUUACCCCAGCAAAUGAUGAAUAAAUCGUUAGCCCAUAGCCAAUUGGCGUCUUGUUCUUUGCAACAUGAGUUUUCUUUAUUAAAUACUAAUAUUCCCCAUAUAGAUGUAGAAACUCUUGAUCCUGUUAAACGUUAUGCUAUUUUUAAAAUUGUUGUUAGUCAGCACAUUGUAAUUUUGCAAGUAAAUUUUCCAGAUGAUUACCCGCAACCGAAUGUAAUACCAGAAUUUGGAUUUUGUGAAGGAACAACCUUGGACGACCGCUACGUUAUAAAUGCAACAAAAGCUCUAAAGGCAAUUGCUCUGCAAAGGGUGAAAAGAUUAAGAACUUGUUUGGAGCAAUGUUUAAGAGCAUUAGUUACAAAUUUGAAAAAAUCUUUUGGCCACUCUGAAAAGCUUUCGAACUCUAUGCGUUUGCAGUCUCCUCGGCUCGAAGGUGCUCUUACUGGUGCCUUACAUGAUGCAUGUGUACCUUUUCCCAGAACAUCUGGAGUUCGGUUUACAAAUGUAGGAUAUUUAAUUCACUUCUCGCAGAAUAUCGUUACCAAGCGAAUCAGUAUACGGCACCAACAACAGAAUGUAACUCCCAGAGCUUUAAGUGCGAUAAGUGGUGGUUUUCUUGGAAAUGUUAUGGGGACUCAACCAAUUUUAUAUGCUCCUCAUCGUACUGAUAAAAAUUCGCCGUUUUAUUUACCAGAACGUUUAAGUGGAAAAUCGUCUGCAAAAACUAACAGCAAAAAAUCGCAACAAUCUUCUUGUAAUAUUGUUGUAAACAUUUAUGAUAUACAAAAAAUUUUAAACAUUAAUCGAAAAGCAGCACUAGAAUAUAUAAUAACUAAAUCAAAUAUAUUGGAAACUUGUCGACAUAAUAAGAAAAUAUCCGAACGAUACGCAAGGUCAGAUCUUAUUCCAAUAUGGAAUUUAGCAGAAUUAAUAGCUUCAAUAAAUUCGCCUUUCGAAUCAGACAAUGAAAUGCUUUUUUACAAAGAUCCGUUCAAGCGUUAUAUUGUCGAAUCUUUGAUUAUGCAUUUCGCCACAAAUGGAGAUGUUCAAACUGCAGCAAUGCUCUGUUGCAUUUUUGAAAAAUUUAAUAGUUAUUCAACAGAUAUGACGCAACUUAGUAUAAAAGAUGGUCAUAGUCAGCAUAAAGUUGAAAAAGGAUUACCGCCUAUGACAACUUAUCAUACUAUAAUGCCUACUGAUUCAACGAGUUCUGCACUAGCUAUGCAAUUAAAACAAUUUCGAAGCAAUUCUUGGUCUGAUUCCUUAGAUGGCAUUGAUUUAAAAUAUUUUAAUGCAAUAGCAGAAAUUCCAAGUAUUGGUAUAAAUGUUAAUCGUUCCUUAUUUUUGAGUAAAUCAAAAAUGUUAUUCUUCGAUUCUUUGAAGAAAUUAUAUAGCGAAAUAUUAUUUUCUUGGGGUCUUUUAUCUGAAAAAUCUUUAGUUUUAAAACAUUUAUCAUAUCCAAUACAAGAACCGCAGUGUGUUGGUUGGGCAAUUGAAUGUUCAACAUGUGGCCGAGUUAGUAAAACUUCGUCUUGCAGUAAUUGUCAUAAAUAUGUUUUAUAUUGUGCAUUAUGUCGUCUUCCAGUAAGAGGAAUGGCAAACGCUUGUCUUAUAUGCGGCCAUGGAGGUCAUUUAUUACAUUUAGAUCAGUGGUUCAAAACACAUAAUAUGUGUCCUUUUGGAUGCGGAUGCCCAUGUUUGGAGCGUACAUCCGCUUUAUUCGGUUAAAAUUUUUAAUUUUGAUAGAAAUCUAUAAUUUUGAUAACAUAUAAAAAGAAAAAUCGAAGUAAAAAUUUAAUUAUAUUGAAAAAAAAUAAUUAUCACUCUAUUAAGCUUUUUUUUACAUUAAAAGUUAUAAGUACAGAAUAUAUUUUUAU